UUCUGUCUACUCUUGACUACGAUCCAGUAGACAAUUUAAUAAGUGCUCGAUCAAAUACACACAAAUACCAUGACGGACUACAGCUCGUCAAUUGGGUCGCCUCUUGCCGGGACCCCAUUGACCCCUCGCUCGCUCUCCAGCUUUGGGUCCUCGCACGGAUCGGACGGGACCGAUGACAGUGACGCCGAUCCGACCGACGAGGCGGAGACAAUGUGCAUCAAGGACCGUGAACGCCUCACGACAGUAGCCAAGCGCAUGAUCGAGAGUCUCCUGGAAGCCACAGAUCUACUCGGGGGAAUUCCGUGGACUUUGGUCCACGAGAAGCACGGGAUCUCACUUUUCCGCGCCGACGCCUCUAGUGCCGCCACUAAUGUUCCCUGCAACGUUCACGCAGUAUGCAAGUUCGCCUGUGACAUCGAAGACGUCGCUGCGUCGCUCAUCACGCCUACCACGGCCUCGUUCAAGCGGAUGAUGGGAAUGUUGUCUUCCGAUUUCCUUGAUGGUGCAGUGGUGCAAAACAUUGUAGAGCCUACACCGACCAACCCCUACCGCUACGUGGGUCUCAAGUGGGCCGCCUUCAAAAGCUCAGGUCCGUUCGCCAAGGAUCGCGACCUUCUUAUGCUGGAGUACGUCGAUAUGAUCGAGGACGCACAGGGACAGAUGACAGCUUUCCGCAUCAUGGAAUCCGUGGACACCCCAGCGGGGUUUUCCAAGCUCGCUGAGUCGCCCAAGUACACGCGCGAUCUGGUGCCUCUUAUUGGCUUCAUGUAUCACUCGACCAAGCGAGCGGGCGAACUGCGCAUGACGUACACGUGCAACUUCGACAAGAACGGCGACCUUCCUGCCUGGGUAGCCAAUUCGGCCAUCCAGUCGCAUGUAGAAAAGUGCAUCAAUGGCAUUCUCAAAUACACCGAGAGCUUCCGUGUGGGCCGGGAGGAGAUCGUGCUGCCUCAGCAAGUGGUGCCCAUGGGCGAGCAGGAUCAUUGUCGGAUCUGCUCCAAGAAGUUCUGUGUGCGACGCCGUCGCUACAACUGCCUCAAGUGUGGCGACGUGUGUUGCAGUUCGUGCAGUUCUGUUCGUAGUACCCAUGUGCCGGAGCUCGGCGAACGCCAGCUUCGUGUCUGCACAGCGUGCGUUAUUAAAGCGCGUCGAACAUCGCGAAACACUGCCGGCUGUGUGGAACAAUCAGCAGCUCCGUCGCUCAGCUCAGCCAGCUCUGCCAGCACGAACCAGCUCUUUGUGGACACCAAGCGUACCCUUGGCCGAGCACAGAGCUUUACGGUCACCAGCGGGCAAGUCAAGGAGGAGACGGCGAAGCGCCGAUCGUACGACAAUCUGCUCGACCCCGUACGCUCUCGACUCAUCGAGUACAAGACAUUCUCGUCGGGAUCCGAGGACAUUCACGCCGCUACUACGGGCUCGUCUAUCGGUGUGCCCAAGGCCAGCUUUCCAAGUCGCUCUUUUAGCGACGGGCUCGUCAUGCGCAACAAGGCCCUCUUUGCUGCUAAGCGCCGUGGCAGUCCUGCAGACCUGGCCAUCUCGAUAGAAGCGUUCCGCCUGCACCAAAUGCGCAUGGGCAAUGCCGAACGACAGCCCGAGGACGGCUCGGAAGACAAUGACCACACGGACGACGAGUCAACCACAUCAAGCUCGUCCGUGUCGCCCACAUACGCUAUUAGGAGGUCGUCACCGCUCCACGCGUCCCGCUCUAGCCGUUCACGUGUUCCGCCCAAAUGCGAGGGCAACCAAGAGCUUUUAGUAGCUGGCGAAGAAAAGUUCGAGUUUAACGAGGCGAUGGCUCGCGCCAACAACAUUAUCGUUGCCGCUAACUACGCCAACAAUCUGGCCCAGCAAGCUCGGAAGAUAUCGCACAACCGCGUGGUGGCGCUACAACAGGAGUACGAGCUCAUGGCGCCCAUGACUCGGGACGGUAACAGCAAGAGUCCAGUGGUGCGUCGCCGACCUCGCCACCGCCGUCACGGCAGCGACUUCGAAGCGGCCCCGGGCGCCGGAGCCGUGCUGUACUCUAGCUGAAGGCG